GCGGCAAACAGGCGUCUGUAAACUAGGGUGUCGCGGUGGUGCCUGCAUUCGAAGGUUUUGGGGUGUAAUCAUCGACAAAACAAAUAACUGGUUAAAAGAUCGUUAAUUGACACACUUUUAACCUCCGAAAUUUUCUAGUUCUUCUUGAUCGCAAGUCCUGAGGCGGUUGUAAUGACGGGGUAUGCCAAUAAUGUUAAUGAGCUCGCUGGUAGUUUGAAGAAAUAGUAAGUCGGGGAGGGGAGCCAUUUUGUCCCGACAGUGUGAGAGAAAGAAAGAUUGGAAAAAGGGAAUCACACGGGAGAAUAUUAUUUUGUGUUUUUUAAUUCAAAUGCUGUAAGAGAAACCGUUCUGCUUCGGAAAAAACAUUAGCUACUUACUGUUGCGACACGCUACCCCUGGCGGUAUAUAGCUAACUAGCCAGCUAGAUAUCAACAUAACUCAGAUCGUUCCUCUGCUUGUAACUCGGGCUGGCGCUAGACCUGCUGUAGAUAGUUUCUGCUCUGUCCGGCGAACACAACUUGUCUCUCGAUGGCGAAGAAGACCUACGACCUGCUCUUCAAGCUCCUGCUGAUCGGUGACUCGGGCGUGGGGAAGACCUGCGUGCUGUUCCGAUUCUCAGACGACGCCUUCAACACCACCUUCAUCUCCACCAUAGGGAUAGACUUCAAGAUCAAAACUGUUGAACUCCAGGGAAAGAAGAUCAAACUACAGAUAUGGGACACAGCUGGUCAGGAGCGGUUCCACACCAUCACCACGUCCUACUAUCGAGGCGCCAUGGGCAUCAUGCUGGUCUAUGACAUCACCAACGCCAAGAGCUUCGAGAACAUCAGCAAGUGGCUCCGCAACAUCGACGAGCAUGCCAACGAGGACGUGGAGAGAAUGCUGCUAGGCAACAAGUGUGACAUGGAGGACAAGAGGGUGGUACCAAAAGCCAAGGGAGAGCAGAUUGCCAGAGAACAUGGUAUUAGGUUUUUUGAGACGAGUGCUAAGGCCAACAUCAGCAUUGAGAAGGCUUUCCUCACACUAGCAGAAGACAUCCUCAGGAAGACACCCGUCAAAGAGCCCAACAGUGAAAACGUGGACAUAAGCGGUGGGAGUGGAGUCACAGGAUGGAAGAGCAAAUGCUGCAGUUAGAACAACUCAGCCUGUCGGUCCCUCACACACACUAAUGCACGCAAGCACACACACUCAGACACACUCUCGCUCUCUAACCGCUAACUGUCUCUCUAACACUCGUCCCCUCUAUCAGUUCUCACUGAUCACCCCCCUCUCUCUCUGUCUGUUCCCCCCUCUCAUGUUCUCUCUCUAACACUCGUCCCCUC